UGGAGUGACGUGGAGUACGAUGGACAUGACAAGCAGACGUCCUCUAAAACUUCACAAACUAUGAGAAGAGUCGUGACCAUAUCCUUGAAUAUGUUACGUGAGCGGCUUUAAUACCCGUGGACUCACAUUUUCACAUUCAACUUCGACGAAGCAAGUUUUUCACCUAAGAAACAGUUCGGCGCUCAUCGGCUAGCUCAUUAGCUAUCAGGAACAGCCUCUGCUCUAACGAUGGCUAUCUAAAGUCAGCGUUGUGCAAGUCAAACAGCGUAUUAUCACCGGAACCUAAACAUGAAAAGGACUAAGAAAGACUUUUCUGGCCGCCAUUGACAUUUACUUUACAGAAACCGCAGUCGUUAGCUUGCUAAUAUUAGCCCAUCGGCUGAGCAGGGAAAUAUCAGAGCGCACUGUCAAAAUGCGUUCACUGCUCCGAGGUGAAGAGAUGUGUCUGGCCCAGCUGUUUCUACAGUCUGGGUCGGCAUACGACUGCAUCAAUGAACUCGGAGAGCUGGGGCUUGUGGAGUUUAGAGAUCUCAAUCCCAGUGUUAACGCAUUCCAGCGAAAACAUGUCAACGAGAUCAAAAAAUGUGAAGAGAUGGAGAGGAUCCUUGGAUACCUUCUGAGAGAAAUCAAGAAAGCAGACAUUUCACUGCCAGAAGGAGAUGUGAACCCAGUGGCUCCUCUACCGAAGCACGUCAUGGCUAUAAUGGAGCAGCUACAGAGGCUAGAGGUGGAGUUAGGUGAAGUCACAAGGAAUAAAGAGAAGCUGCAGAAGAAUCUGCUGGAGCUGACAGAGUACACACACAUGCUGCGAAUCACCCGCAACUUUGUACAGAGAACUUCUGAGCGAGAGCCCCUACAAGUACAGUAUGAGGAGUUUCCCUUCCUAGAGAAAGACACAAUGAUGGACUACAGCAGCAUGCAGAGGCUAGGAGCCAAACUGGGUUUCAUUUCUGGGCUCAUUCAGAGGGUGAGGAUCGAGGCCUUUGAGCGGAUGCUCUGGAGAGUCUGUAAAGGCUACACUAUCCUCAGCUAUGCUGAGGUCGAGGAGUACCUGGAAGAUCCUGACACAGGGGAGCCAACCAAAAGUGUGGUGUUCCUGAUCUCUUACUGGGGAGACCAAAUUGGCCAGAAAGUGAAGAAGAUUUGUGACUGCUACCACUGUCACUUGUAUCCCUACCCCAGUAGCAAUGAGGAGAGGAAUGACGUUGUGGAAGGACUAAAAACUCGCAUUCAGGACCUGCACACAGUGCUUCAUAGGACAGAGGACUACCUGAGACAGGUCCUGAUUAAGGCUUCAGAAUCCGUCUACACCUGGGUCAUCCAGGUCAAGAAGAUGAAGGCCAUCUACUAUAUUCUGAACCUGUGUAGUUUUGAUGUCACUAACAAGUGUCUGAUUGCUGAGGUGUGGUGUCCUGUCAAUGACAUUCCCACCCUGCAAAGAGCCCUGGAAGACGGAUCGAGAAAAAGCGGAGCGACAGUGCCUUCCUUUGUCAAUCGUAUCCCCACCAACGACACUCCCCCCACCCUGAUAAGGACCAACAAAUUUACCUCUGGCUUCCAGAACAUUGUGGAUGCCUAUGGAGUGGGCAGUUACAGGGAGGUCAACCCUGCUCCUUUCACAAUCAUCACUUUCCCCUUCCUGUUCGCUGUGAUGUUCGGGGACCUGGGUCAUGGUCUUAUCAUGGCUCUCUUUGCUGCCUGGAUGGUGCUGUACGAGAAUAACCGCAAACUUAAAAACACCAGGAAUGAGAUCUGGAACACAUUCUUUGAGGGGCGUUAUAUCAUCCUGAUGAUGGGCCUGUUCUCCAUCUACACUGGUCUGAUAUACAAUGACUGCUUCUCAAAGUCCCUUAAUAUCUUUGGUUCUGGAUGGAGUGUGAAGGCCAUGUUCAGAGAGAAGGUGUGGAACAACAGUGUUCUCCUUGGGAACCGUGUUCUUACUCUGGAUCCAAAUGUUACUGGAGUUUUCACGGGACCGUACCCUCUGGGAAUUGACCCUAUUUGGAACUUGGCUACCAACCGCCUAACAUUUCUGAACUCCUAUAAGAUGAAGAUGUCAGUGAUAUUGGGCAUCAUACACAUGAGCUUCGGGGUCGUCCUCAGCACUUACAAUCACUUGCACUUUAAGAAAAUGCACAACCUAUACUUGGUAUUUCUGCCUGAGCUCCUGUUCCUGCUGUGCCUGUUUGGCUACCUGGUGUUCAUGAUAAUCUACAAGUGGCUGGUCUUCUCUGCCAAGGACUCCAGACAAGCCCCAAGCAUCCUCAUCCACUUCAUAAACAUGUUCCUCAUGCAGGGUGAUACACUGCAGCCCCUCUACCCAGGACAGGCUGGCCUGCAGGUGUUUCUGGUGGUCAUUGCUGUUCUCUCAGUGCCUGUCUUACUCCUGGGGAAACCCAUUUACCUUUAUUGGCUUCACAAUGGAAGCCACCGCCUAGGAAUGUACAGGGGAUAUGAGCGUGUGCGGCGUAGCAGUGAGGAGGAGCUCUACCUGAUGAGGGCUCACGACAUGGAGGAGGGCAGCAAUCACAGCGAUCUCUCUACUAGUGGAGAGCACCAGACGGAGGAGUUUGACUUUGCAGAUGAGUUCCUGCAUCAGGCCAUCCACACUAUAGAGUACUGCCUAGGUUGCAUCUCCAACACAGCCUCCUACCUAAGGCUUUGGGCUCUGAGCCUGGCACAUGCCCAACUGUCAGAGGUGCUGUGGACCAUGGUGAUGCAAGUAGGACUUCGAAUGGACACUGCUCUCGGGGUUUUAUUCCUGGUGCCUGUGUUUGGCCUGUUUGCUGUUCUCACUGUGUCCAUCCUUCUGGUAAUGGAGGGUCUGUCUGCAUUCCUUCAUGCACUCCGGCUGCACUGGGUGGAGUUUCAGAAUAAGUUUUACAGCGGGACUGGAGUCAAGUUUUGCCCCUUUUCCUUCUCUCUCCUGCCCUCCAGCUUUGAGCAUGAUGGCUUACUGUGAACGGACUAUCUUAUAAUACUGUUAAGUGGUAAAUGGAGCCAAAACAAGCCAGCAGGGUUCUGUGCUCAUACAGACAUAUUCCAGAUAUGUCAUGAGGUGAUUCUGACUUUUCUUUUCAUCUUUUAAUAAUUUGUCAUGCAAAGAAAUUGUAUGGUGAUCUUCAUAAACUUUGGACUGAAUGCUGUCCUCCAAAUUUUUUUGAGAACAGACAGUGCAGAGUGUACUGUUGACAAAUUGCUGUUGCACAUGUAACACAGGGUAUUUUGUACCAGGAUCAGUAUGCUUCACUGCUGAACAGUUUGAGUUUGAACUGUCGGUCUCAAAUUUAAAAUUUAACUUGCAUACUUAAAACCGUCAGCUCUCUUUUGAGACAUUAUUGGUAAUAGUUGUCGAUGUCACUUGGAUGGAGAACCACAUCCUAUAAAGAAUAGAUAAGUAGAAAAGAUAUACGAUUUUAGUAUGAGAUAAUGGUAAUAAGCAAAUGCUUGGACCCAAGGUUUGGCUACACAGACAACACUUGAUAGAAUAACUUGGUUGUUGAUUUCAGUCUUUUCAUGGGACUUACUGAUUAAAUAAGAUGGAUAGGUAAAAGAACAUCUAUCUUUAUCAUCUCUUUAUUUAUUUAUUUCAGUUUCCCUCCGUUUCUUCUCUUCUGUAUCUAGUUAUUCUGUCAUUAAUUUUAGCAUAAUUGUGUAUAUUAAUGCUGUUAUGUUUUUCACUGAGUUUUAGUUUUGGCUGAUCUGGUCUCCAUACACUGGGUAGUGAGCCACCUUUCAGUUACAUAGUUCUUACUCAGCUUUUUGUUGCACUGACUGCCUUAUCGAAGUACAACCAAAUGACAGCAUACUGUAUCAUUCUUCAGUUUCCCCCUUGUAUUCCUACUUUGUGGUACCAUAACACUGCAAAGGAUCUUUGACUUUUCACUAUUGAAAAGUGCUUGGGCGGGUGUGUGACGAGAUGUAUAUACUUUGGCAGAAUUAUUUUUUUAAUUUAUUAUAUUUUAAAAUGUCGCUUCAGAAUUAAAGAUGAAUGUCAAUGGAAUAUGAUUUUUAUGCAUUCACAGUGUUGCCUAUGCGUUCACUUACUGUACAAUUUAACAUUCCAUGCAUGGAAAACUUAAAUCAUUGAUUUGUUGACCCAGCUCUGCUGGUCACAAGCCCCUUUGAAAAAUCUUGUAUCCAUAUUUAGCACAGUGGUUGGGCUGCAUUAAAUCUGAUUAGGAGAAAAUUUAAUUAUGUACUAAUAUCAGACAUUAGUAUUAUUUGCUAAUUUUGUGAAUUUGUUAGUAUUGUAUGGAAUUGGCAUUGGAUUUUUUUUCUAAGGGAAGGAGACUUAAUUGUUAAUGUUAAUUGUCAUCACAUUAUUGACUUGUCUGCACUUUUUCAAUGGCAAGGUUGCUAGGUAAGAUACUGCCACAUGUUAAUGAAAGUAAUGACUUUGUGUAUUAGGUUUUACAAGUGGAACAAUAUGGUUUCAUAUCUUUGAGACACCAGUGGAAAUCACUGUUUUAUUGGGGCAGAGUGCUGUUUGAUUAGCAAUCAUUUGCCUUAAUUGACACUCAACUGUUGUUGGUUGGUUGGGGUAUUGUAGUUUCCUCUAAUGCAGCCCUAAUCUUGCAUCUUUGUUUCAUUGUCAAACACUCCAUGAUCCAGUUCUUUUGGGGGAAAAAAAACCCUCAUCAUCAUGUCUAUAAUAAAUUGUAUUUGUUUGA